GUGUUCGUGAAUGCGCGUGUGUGUGGGAUUACCAAACUGGCGGCACCGACACAGCUGGCAAGGGCCGACGAGGAGAUGACGUCAGCAGAGCAAGCCCUCAAGGGGGCGCCAGGUACGAUCCCAAACUACGGCGCUGUAGAACAUGGCCCCCUCCUGUCCGUGAUGGGGGAGCACUGUCGCGUAUACAGAAGGCGAUGGCUUGUGCUGACUCUAUUUGCUCUAUGUUCCUGCGCCAAUGCAGCCCACUGGAUCCAGUAUUCCAUCAUAGCCAAUGUGUGUAUGUACUAUUAUGAUGUCAGCGCCAUCUAUAUCAACUGGACGUCUAUGAUAUUCAUGGCUGUCUACAUACCAUUGGUCUUCCCUGCUUCGUGGAUUUUGGAGAGAAAGGGUUUGAGAGUUGCAGUGAUCCUAGGAGCCCUACUGAUGUGUGUUGGUGCUUGGAUAAAAGUGUUUUCUGCUCAGCCUGACAGAUUUGCAUUGACGUUCCUGGGCCAGACUAUGGUAGGAGUGGCUCAGAUGUUCACGUUAGGAGUGCCUUCUAGACUGGCGGCUGUGUGGUUCCCGGCUCACCAAGUAUCUACAGCCUGUGCCAUCGGCGUAUUUGGUAAUCAGCUAGGGAUUGCCAUUGGGUUUCUGGUGCCACCUGCAAUAGUGGACGAUGUGAAAGACAAGUUCUUGAUCGGAGAACAACUUCAACUGCUGUACUUUGGUAUGGCUCUGGCACCGACCAUUGUACUAAUCCUGAUUGUCUUAUUGUUUGAAGCCCAACCACCAAUUCCUCCCAGUGUUGCUCAGCUGAUUUCUCGCAAGAAGGAGAGAGAAGGCAAAGACACAAACUAUCUCACCUCUGUCAAACAAGUGAUUGGCAACUCAGACUUUUCCCUGCUUCUGGUCAGCUUUGGAUUCAACAUCGGUGUGUUCUACGCUUACUCCACCUUGCUUAACCAACAGCUGGAAGGACUACCUUGGGGAUUCGAGAACGCAGGCAGAGUCGGUCUCACGCUUAUCCUCGGAGGAAUGGUCGGCUCAGUUGUCUGGGGCGUGGUACUGGACAAGACUCACAUGUAUAAAGAGACUACAGUUGGUAUAUACAUCAUGGCUGUGAUUGGAAUGUUGGGAUACACGUUUGCUCUGCAUUCUGAACGCUUAGCUCUAGUCUACUUCACAUCAGCUUUCCUUGGGUUCUUCAUGAACGGCUACCUAACGGUCGGUUAUGAGUUUGGAGCAGAGUUGACGUUCCCUCACGCGGAGACAACGUCGUCAGGUCUACUCAACGCAGUAGGGGAGCUGUUUGGAGUAGCAGCUGUACUUGUGGCAGGGGUCGUGCUAGAGACUUACGGCCCAACUGCUACCAACCUUGCACUCACAGCUGUGCUUGCAGGGGGGUUGGUCACCCUGGCUCCUAUAUCUAGAGACAGGUUGCAAAGAUUGGCAGCAAGUAGAGUACACCCCGAGGACAGCACAAUGAAUGAUUUUCAAAUCUAACUAAAAUGUUCUUAGGGGUUUAAUAAAUUAACAUAGUUUCUGUA